AUUGAUACUGUAAAUUUUUUAUUUCUUAAGUUAGUUGGUUACUUGCCUUCUUGAGAAAUAUGGAAGAUGAAGAUGAAAUUGAUGUUUUGGGAGAAUUCAACCUAGAAAAUAUUCUAACAAAUAAUGAACAAAUAACAUCGUGUUAUGAUGGGGAACAUCAGUUGGGUCUUAACUGUGAUUCUUCAUGGAUGCUGGAUUCAACUCAGUCGUGUUGGUAUAACAGCAAGUCUGAGCCUCAGCCUUCCUUGGAAGAGUUCCCAUCAACAUUCAAUGCUCCAGAAUUAACAGACAGUAAUGCUUGGUCUGAAAAGGAGAAAUAUUUAUUGGAAAAAGGCUUGGAGCUAUUUGGAAGGAGUUAUUCCCGUUUAUCUCAGUAUAUCGGGACAAAAAGCUCAAGCCAAGUGAAGUCUUACAUGUCUCAUCAGAAGUCACUCGGAUUGGGCUGGAUUGGCAAGAAUUCUGUGUCGUCAUCUACCGUUGGGGUUGACGGGAUGGAUUUCAACUUUACCGAAAUAAUCCAUGAUAUAGAAAUACCUGCAUCAAUGGAGGAAGUAAUAGCAGUCGUCAGUACAGCUCAGCCAACUGUAAUCCUUCCGACUUCCAACCGAGAAUCAAGCUCAACGUCAAAUUCCUCCUUAAUCAGGAAAAAGUGUCGUAGGAGAAAACAUUCUAAAUCUUGUUCGAAAAAAAGUCAAGCUCCUGUUUCUGACUUCAAGGAUGUUGCCCGAAUAUACAAAGCUGAAGACAUCAAGGACGUGUUAACUGGCAAUAAGGAGCAGGAUUCAAUAGUCUUACCUACGGGAGAACAAGUGAUAAGAAUACGUCACGAAUCAAAUGUCAGUGAAGACGGCGAGGUAGAUAUUGAUGUCAACUCUGAACCUGACACUAAAGAAAGUAUUGAUAUAAAGAUUCCUGUAGAGAAUAAAAACUCACAGCCGCUCACUAAAGAAACUAUUGAUCCUGUGGCAGAAAGUUCCGAAGAAGUAAAAGAAGAGGUGUUUGAGUUUGAAGAAGACGCAAUCAUAGAUUUUUCCGAUAUCAAAGAUGAGCUUUUCCUGCCCGAUGUUGCCACUGAGGUGUCAGUUUUUACAGAGGGUUUUAUUGGGGAAAAACCAACGCCAGAUGUGGAAACUGACACCCAGGUGUUUAAAGGCAACCUUGUUACGCCAAGUGGGAAAGUUAUGACUGUUAUUGUCGACGAUCUUCCAAACGCUCGUUAUAAUAAUGUGGCAAAUGAAAAGUCGCAAGACUCCGCGCCACUUGCCACACAAGACCCGCUGUUGGAUGCAGUCUACGAUCUUCCUCCCCCCACCUGUGAAGCUGUUCUUCAAACUUUCAUAGUGACAAAAGAAGAGCAGCUUCUACACCCUGAGUUUUUUGAUAAAAACUUCCAUGGUUUAAGCCGCUACAUGAAGAUCCGCAAUCACAUCAAUGAGUGUUGGAUGAAUUCUAAACCAAAAUAUGUCUCAAACACUUCAGUGCUGGCUUCACCCAGUUUCUCUGAAGACGACUUAAAAGAUACUAUUCUAAUAAAAAGAAUUCAUGCAUAUCUUGAAAGGAAGGGCUAUAUCAACUAUGGUUGUGAACACUCACAUUAUAACAACUCUGUUGGCUCCGACGUUGUCUUGGAAGACUUCAGUGAUCAGGUGUGCAGUAUUGUUGAAGUGGACAGCUGUUCAGUUGAGACUGACGAUGUUACUGAGCACUCAGUGUCCUCGAUAGAGCACGCGUCCAGCAUCAACAAAGAGGAAGAACCGGCGAUGGAAAAGGUUAAACAUGUCGGGAACAGCAGAGUUCGCAAAAAGAAAGUGGUUGAACAAGGAUGUGAAAAAAUCAGAAAAACUUCAAACCCAACAGUACAAAAGCCAGGUUCCAGAAGUAAGAACACAUCUAAGAAACCUCGCAAGCAAAGUUCAAGGCUAUCACCACUAUGGAGACCUAAUAAGACUGUUAACAACAACAGUGAAGGUUACACAAUGAUGCACACAACAACAGGAGAAGUUAUAGUGCAACAUAAUCAAAAACGGCAAACUAACAAAAUGCUGACGAGAGGAAUCAGACCCGUCAGGCUAAUCCACUGCAAGAACUACGUUAGUAGAAAGGCGCCUUACAAAGUGGAACUAGAAGUGACAGUGCUGUUGUUGGUAGACAUUCACAGUCACUUGUCACCCAAGUGUGAGGUGAUCGGACUGUUGGGAGGCUCACACAGGACGUCAGACAAUGUCCUCACCAUCACCAUGGCUGUGCCUUGCAGAACUGUGCUCAGUAGCAACAUCCACUGUGACAUGUGUCCAGGUUAG